AACUUCCUUCAUAAAUAGCUUCAUAUUCCCUCAAACCAAAUCACAAGUCUACAUUACUCUUUCUUCAUAUAAUAUAUACACCAAAAAACUCUCAUUACGUUUAAAAUUUCUACAUACCAAAAUGGCCAUUAGAAAAUCAAACAAACUUCCACAAGUUGUACUUUUAAAGCAAAUUAUGAAAAAAUGUUCUAGUUUGAUUAAGAAGAACGACUAUGAUAGCGAAGACCGCCUUCCCAUUGACGUACCAAAAGGACAUUUUGCAGUUUAUGUUGGAGAAAAUAGAAGUCGAUACAUCAUACCUAUUUCUUUUUUGAGUCAUCCUGAGUUUCAAUGUCUCCUUCGUUGCGCUGAGGAAGAAUUUGGGUUCGAUCAUGACAUGGGAAUUACAAUUCCUUGUGAAGAAUUUAUUUUCCAAUCACUUACUUCCGUCCUUAGAUAAUAAAUUAUUUGGAGAAAAUAAUAUGUGAAUAUUAGGUGUAAGGGUUAAUUUUUGAGUGAUAGAAAGAUGGGUUCAAGAUGAAGCAAUUUGCUUUUCUUUUUUCAACCAUCUUUCUUCACUCGACUUUUUUUAAUUAUUUUUUGUGAUUUUUCUCUAACCCUGACCUAGGAAUCACAUGGAUAUUAAUUAGUAAUGUUUUUUAUUUUUAAUUUUGGGGGUGGGAAUUAGAUUUGUAAACAUAUGUUGGAUGUUUUUCCUUGUAGUGGUGUUUUUAAGCACCCUAUGAGAGAAGUCAUGUUAAUCUAUUUAAUUUUUUUUAAAUA